AUGCCGCCCCGUCUCACAGGCACGCUCUCACUGUACCCACUGCCCAGCUCGGCAUGGGCGCGCCGGCCCUAUUUCACGUCGGGGGACGAGGGCGCUGAUCGCGCGGUGGUCUUCAUCGGCGGGCUUCACGCUGGACUGCUCGAUGCACCGUUCCUUGUGCCGCUCUCGCGCACGCUCGGCGCCUCUGGAUGGCGACUCGUACAGAUGCACUGGUCGGGUGCGUAUGAUGGGUUCGGGAGCGGCAGCCUCGCGCGCGACUGCGAUGAAAUGGAGGCGCUCGUGGGCCAUCUUCAGGCAGAGGGCGUGCGCCUUGUUGUGAUUGCGGGACACUCCACUGGUGCACAGGACGUUCUGCACUACCUCACCUCGGCGAGGCGCAGCGUCGGGGGCGGCAUCCUCGUGUCCCCCGCCUCGGACAGGGAGUACUACGAGAUGGGGCGGGACGCGGUGUGGACUGCCCAGCUCGAGAUUGCGCAGAGGCUCAUUAAGGACGGACGUGGGGAUACGCUUCUCGACGACGAGAUGACACGGGCAUUUGGCGCGCGCGUUACGGCCUACCGCCUACACAACCUCAUUGGGGUUGGGGGCGAAGACGACUAUUUCUCCUCAGACAUCCCAGACACCGCGGAUGGCGUGCAUGCCCAUCCGCUUUCCGAAUCCUUUGGGCGUCUGAGCGUGCCGGUGCGCGCGCUCUGGAUGGAAAACGACCACUGCGCAAGUUUGCCGGAUCAGCGCGUGCUCCUCCGACGGUGGGAAGUGGCGAGCGGCGGCAAGCUGAGUUGGAAUUUGGUAGAGGGCGCGACGCACAGUGUGGAAGAGGAGGAGGCGCAGGCGGUACUGUGUGAGGACGUGUGUGCGUGGCUGCUGGCGCAUUUCGGCUAG